GUCUGGGCAAAUUGCUGUCUCUCGGUCAUUUGAGACUGACCCGAUUUGAACCAGUUUCCCCCUCUGCCCGGUGACCAGGCUGACUUUAUAAUACACCCUCAGAUGCUUGUGGACCUGUAAUGGCUUUGCUCCGACAGUCCAUGCAGGCAGAACACUUUGAUGGGCUAUCUCUCCUCUACUGGACAAUAAUGGGACCACAUGGCAUCAAUCGAGCUGUGGAGAGACUUGAUUUCACAGACUGUAAAAAAGGACUUGGUGUGAAGAUUAUUGGGGGCUACAGGGAACAGAGUGGUGAAGAAUUUGGUAUUUUCAUUAAACGGGUUUUACCAGGUGGCGUGGCGGCACAGGAUGGGCGUCUUAAAGCGGGGGACCUUAUUUUAGAUGUCAACAACAUAAAUUUAGGGGGUGUUUCAACUGAGAGGGCAGUGGAGAUUCUUCGCAUGGCGUCAGCUGCAAAUCACAUGUCUUUACUGAUCGUUCGUGAUGACGCUUCCAGGAGGGAAUUCGCUGAACUAAUGGAAAGAUAUGGUUCGGGCAGCAGUGCCAGUUCUGGAUCAGACCGGACAUCUUCCACUUCUAUUUCCACAGGUAAGCUGACCGACACUGCUUCCUCUUCUUCAUCUUCAAGAUCAACCAGUCCUCUGCUUCUGAGCCCUAAAGACCUGAAUCCAGUGUACACCACCGCCGGCAUUGCCUCUUCUCCUCCACAAGUCUGCACAGACUGCAUGAUUCAGUUAAUAUGUGUUGCCAAAGAGAAAGGAUUAGGCUUGGUCAUCAGGGGCGGAGCUAACCGUGCGGAGGGACCAGAGGUGUUCAUUCAGGAAAUAAUGCAAGGAGGCGACUGCCAAAAAGAUGGGAGAUUAAAGGCUGGAGACCAGAUUAUAUCCAUCAAUAAAGAGUCACUUGUAGGAGUAACACAUGAAGAAGCCAAAACCAUACUCACUCGUACAAAACUCAGACCGGACCCUACAGUAGAGAUAGCAUUUAUCAGACGAAGGUCUUCUUCAGGCUCCAGCAGUGGACCUCACAGUCCCAUCUCCCUUCAGCCUCCCUCCAGUACCGGCCCACAGCUCAGGCCCGCUGGACUGGGGGGAGCGACUCUUCCUGGAGGCCUCGUUCCCAAAAUAGCCAACACACCCAACUCUGAAAGUGAGACACUGCCUUCUGUAGAACUUACUAAGGUACGAACCGUGUUAGGAAAGCCUGAGCUAACCCCUGUGUCCUCACCUGAGAGUGCCUACACCACAGUGGCCAACUCUGAUACAUGCAUAACAGCUGCCUGUAAGCCCAUCAAUACUUCAAGACCCGCAGAACCUUUGGUUUCCAGUCCCAGCAUCAAGCCUGGGAAAACACAGCAGGCACUGGAAGUCCUGGGAUUAAAACCUACUGUGUGUCAGGUCCACACUCCAAGAGAAAGACUUUUAUUGAGCCCAGGACAGACAGUGGCCUAUGGAGAUUUUGACAGUGUUGCACAGGAGCUCUUUAAACUACCGCCUAAGUCUAACUCAGAAAAAGAAGUAGCGAGAUUGACAUCAGAUGAUCUCAUUGAGUCUCCAUCAGACCCUACACAAUCAUUAUCAGAUUACGAUGAUCUGGAUGAGAUAGAGAGAUUAAGAAAAGAUCACAUAGAGGCCUUGACUGAGAUCAAGAGACUACAGGAUAAGCUGGCAGAAUCCCAGAGCCUUAAUCGAAACAUGCAACAGGAACUAACAAAAGUUAAACAGGAUGCAAAAUCUGCAGUGGAUGAGUGCCGAUCCCUUCGGACCCGGAUCCAUCUGGCAGAGGAUGCUCAGAAACAGGCCCGGGGCAUGGAGAUGGACUAUGAAGAGGUUAUCCACCUGCUGGAGGCUGAGAUUGCCGAAAUGAAGUGUCAGAGAGCGGAGAAUCCGGGCCAGUGCAAGGAGGAGCUACAAGACCUGAUAAAGAGGAUUGCCAUACUUGAAUGUCGACUACGAAAGAGCGAAACUGCAAAGAAGAGUUUUGAGGUCCCUAUGGGAAAACUUCUACAAUUUGUGGAGGCUGUCCAAGACUUCCUCUCUGAAAAUCAAAGUUGUCCAAAAGGUUAUAGUUCUCCAAGUGAUUCUCAGACUAUGGCUUCUCGAGGAGGAAGAAACGCAGUUUUGACAGCGUCUGCUCUUGCAUUGGAAGCUAAAGAAUUAAGUCAUGCUGUCAGAGCCGUUCUAGAGCUGGACUGUAAGUGAUGCCUGCAUGUGCAUUUUCUGCUCCUCUAUGAAAACCAAACAUCUUAAUUGCCAUUUUCCUUAUGAACCAUGAGGAUUUUGGUUAUCUGUCCCGUAACCCACAGUGAUUUAGGGCGCAGUCACAUUAUACUUCACCCUACCGAACCGUACCCGAGUACGAUUGUCCCCCACCCGCACUCCCAUGCUGGUCUGCGCUCACACUUGCAUCAUUUAAAAUAUACAUCUUUUUUGAAGAAAACUGAAAGUGUGAUAUGUGUAAUAAAGAACCAAAACCCCACAACUAAAAUGAACCGUACCACACAUACCAUACGCAAGCAUACCAGGGUACACUAAAGGGGCGGUCACACUUGACUUUGAGCAUGCAAAUAUAUUACACUCUAAAAUGGCUGGGUUAUUUUUUUACUCAUGUUGGGUAAAUAUUGCACUAAACACAUGCUGGGUUAAAAAAGACCCAAUGUUGGGUUGUUGUUAUGAAACCAUGGCUUACAGUAUAAUAACCCAGAAGUUGGGUUAAAACAACCCAGCAUUGGGUCAAUAAUAGCCCAGCCAUUUUUAGAGUGUAUAUAUAAAAUUAUUCAGAUAUUACUGCGAAUAUAGAAUGGGGGAAGAGGUCACGCCAUGAUGUAACGGUUUUCUACUUGUCACAUAUAUCCACAUGAUAUGAAUUCACAGGAGUUUACCAGACUUGAAAUAUCUUCGCCCAAGUUUGCAUUUUUGGUCUGACGCAUUCCCAUAUGUAUAAAUAGAAGCCAAUGGAACAAAAGUGUAGUGCGAAGGCUCCAUUAAUUGCAUUUACUGCACCCUUGUACGGUAUUGAGCGAUCACACUAGCCAAAUAAACUGUACUUUGGGGGUCAAACAUGGUCAAGUGUACUUUAGUAUGGAACGGUUUUCAUAGUGUGAGUAUGCCUUUAAUCUCAAAGCACCAACAAUUCCAACUUUGUUGUUGCAAGAAAGUCACAUUUAUCAUAAUUUAUUACCUGUGUCAUGAUUAUCUCGAAAUCACGUCUGUUGAUAUUUCUGUACGUUUUGUGCAUUGUUCAGAUUGCUUGUUUGCUUGUUUGUUUUCCAAAAAAAGUGACUUGACAUUUAAUAAACAGUGAAAUAAUCUGACCUAUGAAGUGAAUUUUAGUUUCAGCU